GUGGUGCUCAAUUGAGCGACUGUCAAAAUCAUAUGCAUCGAGGAUAACCCCCCGACGACUUAUUAAAACAGAAAAUCAUCGUGUUUUUCUUUCAUUAUUUGUCACUGAUUUUUGUUUUCAAUCACAUACAUUUGAGAAUUUAUUUUUAUUCAUGAGAAUGAGAAACUCUAAUCUAGAAUUUGUGGAACUUCUGAGAGUGUUAACCCGUGGUUUACUGAGAAAUAAUAAUUAUUAUGUACUUGCGGUUGUGUUUGUACAUUAUGUGCUGUUGGAGUUCAGGAAGUUUAAAAAUCUUGGAUUGGUGAUUCGAGCUCUACCGGAUGAUGUUUUCAAAAGGAUUGUUCAGAGGUUUUUUGGGGGAUGUGGGGAGUAUGUUGAUAGUACUUGUUGUGCAGUGGGGAGCAAGGGGUUUUGGGGGAGUUGGGUGAAUAUUUGUUGCGAAGGUUCUAUAAGAAAAUUCAGGACUAGAUAUCUGGGAACUGAGGGAGUUGAGGGGGUUGUUUAUAUAUCGGAAACUAUAUUGUGUAAUAUUCAAAAUGCACUGCAGUGUAAAGAUGUUUCGACGUAUUUUAUAUUACCUGCAGGUGAUGAGCCCCAUCGCUUCGCCAGUGAAGUGAAAAUAUCCAUGAUAUCAAAUCCUUACGAUUGUCCUAAUGACUUGGUCGACAUCGUCUUGAACAAUUAUUUCUCCAGUCCGAAAUAUCUCCGUAAAAAUGAUAUAAUCACUGCUGAUAUCAAAGAACUCGCUCCAGGACUUUAUUACAGUCUUCCAUCCCCUCAACUGAGACUGCUGCAUUUCCGAGUAAACUCCGUAACAAUUGAGGGAAAAAGAACUUUAAAACCUGCCUAUGUUUACCAAACUGAAUCGACAUUGAUACAAGAAGGCGAAAUUCACCAUUAUCUUCCUCGGAAUUUUAAAUUAUCAGUACAGGGUCUUCAAAAUUCAACUAUUGUGGAAGAAUUUCAAAGGGGAGCUGUUGACAAUUGCCCAGAAUUUCUGGAAAAAUAUCUGAAAGAAUUAGAAGCAUGUAUUUUGCCGUUUAUUACAUCAGAUAAUUGGCUAGGUUUGAAACCAGUAUUUCUCGUGGAGGGACCUCAGGGUUCUGGAAAAUACCACCUCAUUAAUGCCCUCUCCAAGAGACUCGGUCUGAACUUCUUCAAUGUCGAUUGUAGUGAAAUUCAAAGUCUCUCUCCCUCGCAAACCGAAGCCAAACUCCGUAUCUCUUUCAACAAUGCCACGAAAUGCGUUCCCUGCAUUCUAAAACUCUCCAACAUUCAAAUUUUAGGGAAAAACUUCGAAGGAAAAAUCGACGAUCGAGUUACUUCGAAUUUCUCUCAUCAACUCGCAGAACUGUACUCAAAUAAAUUUAUUCUCAUCAUUAUAGCGACAUCUGAAUCUUCCGAACUUCCCUCGGAACUCACCCGAAAUUUUGUCGCACAAAUAAAAGUCAAUUAUCUAUCGGAGAAUGAACGCAUCAACUUGAUAGACUGGUUUUUAAAAAUCCAAAGAGUUGACCAUUCGAACAUGGCCAUCUCGAAAAUCUCAGCAAUGUGUUCAGAUUAUCUGAUGAGUGACUUGCAAUCGUUGACUCAAUCAGCGGUGAAAAAGCGCUACGAGAAGUCGAAAACACCAGGAGUCAUAAAUUUAGAGGAACAAGAUUUCACCCAGUCGUAUAAAUCAAUGCAGUCGAUCUUCUCGGACGAGAUCGGUGCACCGAGGAUUCCUGAGGUUCACUGGGAGGACAUCGGCGGCAUCGCGAGUCUCAAACACGAGAUUAUUCGGAGGAUAGAAAUUCCGUUGAUGCAAAAUUCUGGAAUCAAAAGCUCUGGAAUUCUUCUUUAUGGACCACCGGGAACGGGAAAGACUCUUUUGGCGAAAGCUGUUGCUACGGAGUGCAAGCUCAACUUCUUAUCUGUGAAGGGACCGGAGUUAUUGAAUAUGUACGUUGGACAGAGUGAGAAGAAUGUCAGGGAUGUAUUCGAGAAGGCAAGAAGUGCAUCGCCGUGUAUAAUUUUUUUCGAUGAAUUGGAUGCCCUAGCGCCUAAUCGAGGCCGCAGUGGAGACAGCGCUGGUGUAAUGGACCGAAUUGUCUCUCAAUUGCUUGCAGAGAUGGAUGGCCUUGGUAGUUCAACCAGUACCUUCAUCAUUGGGGCCACGAACAGGCCAGAUCUGAUUGAUCCUGCUUUGCUGAGACCUGGCAGAUUCGAUAAAUUGCUUUAUGUGGGUAUAUAUUCGGAUCGAGAGUCACAAUUGAGUGUUUUGAAAGCAAUUACGAGGAAGUUUUCGUUGGGAGGAGAGAAAAUACUGGCGAACAUAGUCGAUCAACUGCCGAGGAAUUUGACUGGAGCAGAUCUCCAGGCAGUUUGUUCAAAUGCCUGGUUGAAUGCGGCGAAGAGACUCAUCAACAAUUAUGAGAAUGAUUUGAAGGGCAAAGGCAAGAGACAAAAACCCGACGGGGUCGUGGAGGUCCUUCAAGAAGAUUUUGUGGAAGCACUUCGGGGUUUAGUGCCCUCAGUAAGUGAGAAAGAACUUCGGAGGUACGAGCAACUUCAGAGAGAGUUAACAUCAACCAAGAAAUAGAAGGGGAAAUCCGGACUAUUGGAGAGACUUUGAAAAUUAGGCCAAUCCAUGAAGCCUUACCUGGUCGUCUCCAUGUGGUCCUCAUCGAAGAGUUGAAUCGAAAUUGAAUAUUUCUCGAGGACUUUCGGUGUUUAGCUCUUCACGUAGUAUGAAGUAUAAAUAAAGAGGAGAACGGGGCGUCCUACAAAUUCCCUCUUUGAACUGUUAAAUAAUUCAUUAUGUUGCUCAAAUGAUAUAUUUUUGUAAAUAGACUGAUGUUAAUAAAAUUGUGGAAGAAUUUUUAUAUCUCAACAAAGUGUUGCAGCUAA